CGCCUCCUCGCUCCUCCGUCGUCCGACUCGAGGCCCGGACGCGUUGAAUCUUGGUCAGUGAUCUUGUCCUCACUGAGCACUCGCAAGCCUCGGACUCCGCGAACUCAGUAAUGGCCGCGCUUGUGCGGUGGAUAUCACUUACUAGUGCUGGCUUCCACCGAAUAACAUGCCUCACAUUGUCGAACGUCCACAUGGUCAAUUUUAACCAGCUGCGCAGCCUCCUAUGUGCAUUCGCGUCUCUCGAGGAACUAUCUUUUGAAGACGUGUUGCUCUCCGAAGACAGGAUUUCGAGAUUCGUACCCAUUCCCGCUCGGUUCUGGUUGCGCAUUCUCCGGAUCGCUGCGCGCACGAGGGUCUCAGAAGUCGCGUUGCGGGCACUGGUCUGGAUUUUGGCACCAUCGCUUACGUCUCAUACGAUCUGGAAGUCGGGAAUUGCUAUGCGCAGCCCCAUGGCCCUGAUCCAUGGGGUGUAUCAGGCAUUCCACCAGCUUGUGGGUGCGCUGAGAGACUCUUUACGAUGCCCCAUCUGGGAUGACCCCACAGUUAGCCUUAUCUUCAUGCCCCUCGAACUGCCGAAUCUCACUCACCUAGAGCUCCGAGGCGCUAUGUCACUCUCUCUUGGACGUCCGCGCGUAUUUGGCGAGGAAUCUGUCGCCCGAAUCACUGCCAGAGCAUCCAAUCAUCGACAUCGUCCUGGUCCUGACCCUGACGUCCAGCGAUGUCAGCUUUGACGUUCAGGCGUGGGUUAGGAACAUCGAGACCCGGUCACCAGAAGUGGAGGAGCUAUGGUAUGCACUCACUGUGUCCGCUUGGUGCAGCUGCGCAAUGCAGACGUGCGCCUCAGGC